AGAAAAAAAAACACGAGUCAGUAAUCACAUGCUCCAAUCGUUCUACAAAAUCUCUCACCCUCCCAUCCGAUUCCGAUCCUCACUCGCCAAGACCAACUUUCUCUCUCCUCUGUCUAUAUAUACAUAUAUAUAUGUGCAUAUAUGUGUAUGUAUACAAGGCUGGUGGUUGUUCUGAUUGCAGUUGACUAAUUCAGAGGUGAGUUUUUUUUCUCGGUAGAAUGAGUUUCAGAGAUGAUGGUAGUGAAGAUGGAAGGGACCUCAGGAAGCCUUUCAUCCACACCGGGAGCUGGUACAGAAUGGGCUCAAGGCAGUCAUCCAGCAUUAUUGGCUCCUCAGCUCAGGUUCUCCGUGAUGGUUCCGUCUCCGUUUUACUCUGUGUUCUCAUCGUAGCUUUGGGUCCAAUCCAAUUCGGAUUCACGUGUGGGUAUUCUUCUCCAACUCAAUCUGCAAUAAUCAAAGAUCUUAAUCUUACUAUUUCAGAGUUUUCUUUGUUCGGUUCUUUAUCGAAUGUUGGUGCCAUGGUUGGGGCUAUAGCUAGUGGUCAGAUUGCAGAGUACACUGGGCGUAAAGGGUCGCUUAUGAUUGCUGCAAUUCCUAACAUCAUUGGAUGGCUUGCGAUAUCAUUUGCCAAAGAUUCAGCAUUUUUGUUCAUGGGAAGAUUGUUGGAAGGUUUUGGUGUUGGUAUAAUCUCUUAUACGGUACCUGUAUAUAUAGCCGAGAUUGCACCACAAAACAUGAGAGGAACCUUGGGGGCUAUUAACCAGCUCUCAGUGACCAUUGGCAUUAUGCUGGCUUAUUUGUUGGGACUGUUUGUGGACUGGAGAGCGCUUGCCGUGUUAGGAAUUUUGCCGUGUUCAAUACUGACAUUUGGAUUAUUUUUUAUCCCAGAAUCUCCACGGUGGCUUGCUAAAAUGGGGAUGACAGAAGAUUUCGAAUCCUCCUUGCAAGUUUUGCGGGGUUUUGACACAGACAUCACUGCAGAAGUGAAUGAUAUCAAGAGAACAGUAGGGUCAUCACCAAGCAGGCGAACCACAAUCCGAUUUGCAGAUCUUAAGAGAAGAAGAUAUUGGUUUCCCUUGAUGGUAGGGAUUGGAUUACUUGUGCUUCAACAACUCAGUGGUAUCAAUGGCAUCUUAUUCUAUUCUAGCAACAUCUUUCAAAAUGCUGGAAUUUCUUCAAGUAAUGUUGCCACAUUUGGACUUGGGGUCAUUCAAGUUUUGGCCACUGGAGUGACAACUUGGUUGUUGGAUAAAGCUGGUCGAAGGCUGCUCCUCAUUAUAUCAUCAGUUGGAAUGACCACUAGUCUCCUCAUUGUUGCAGUUGCCUUUUACAUAGAGGGUAUUGUAUCAGAAGAUACUCAACUCUAUAAAGUGAUGGGAGUACUUUCUCUUGUUGGGCUUGUGGCUGUGGUCAUAUUCUUCUCUUUAGGAUUGGGACCUAUUCCUUGGGUUAUUAUGUCUGAGAUUCUUCCAGUGAAUAUUAAGGGUCUUGCUGGCAGUAUAGCAACAAUGGCAAAUUGGCUCACAUCUUGGGUUAUCACAAUGACAGCAAACCUACUCUUGAAUUGGAGUAGCGGAGGUCCUCUCUUCCUCUUUAUUUUUAUCUUUUUUGUUUUUCCUUUUUGUACAUUUUAUAUAUUUAUAUAUAGUAGGAAAAUUCUACCACUAUUUUGGUAUUUGAGAGAAUUUUUUAGUCUAUUUUUUUUAUAGUCCUAUAUGUUGUAGUUAUUUAAGACAUCCAGUAAAAUUUUAAGAAAUUCGAAAAAAAAUUAACAUGACUGUUGCACUCAUGAUUCUUUUAUUUUAUACGCGUGUGAAAUAGACUAUUUAAAAACUGUUUUAUACAUUAUAAAUUUUUUCGAAUUUUUCAAAAUUUUGUAGGAUGUCUUAAAUAACUAAAAUGUAUACUGGCUAUAAAAAAAAACAAGUGUCCCUUCGGGGACAUCCGAUAAAAAAAACAAGUAGACUAAAAGAUUCUCUUGAAUGCUGAAACAGAUUGAUGACACAUCGAUACAUUCUUUUUACGGGUGCAUUGUGGAAGUACCUUAUAUAAAAUAUGUUACAUUAACUUAUGUGGUGAUUUUGUUAAAAUAUGAACAGGGACCUUCACAAUCUACACCUUAGUGUCUGCUUUUACUGUUGUUUUUGCGUCGCUUUGGGUCCCAGAAACCAAGGGAAGAACACUAGAAGAAAUCCAGCAGUCUUUCAGAUAAUUGUACUUUUUCUUAAGUCCUUUCUUUUUUGUAUGGUGGCUUGAUCGGUUCUGAAGUGUUUUUGUUAGUGUCAUUCUUAUAAAUAUAUGUGUGUUUCAUGUAGAGGUGAUUGAUUUUUGUUACGAAAUGUGUCAUUAGAGAACAAGUAAAGGAAAUAUUCAUUCAAAUUUUUAAUAAAUGUGCAAUAUUCUUCAA